AAUGCUUUCUGAUUCAUCGAACGGUGCGCGGGGCUGUGGUCGUUGAUAGAGCUGUGGUGUUUGAGCAUUGAUUUACCGGUGUGAUUGCUGUGUGAGCUUGGGUAAGGUUGAACUGAAGACGCCUAUAUUCAGCAAGAACGGUAUUUUAUUGUUGCUGACAUCCCCACUGCAAUAUGGAUUUUGACCAUGCCGCUGACGCUGCGCAACGCCCGGAAGGAGGCUUAGCUCAGACAGAAGAAAAGACUCCGAACUUGGCCGUACGUAAUGUCGGGGAACCGUUAUCUGAGAAAGCACAUUCACCUACAGAUGUAAAAGAGGGUCUCCUUGCGGAAAAACAGACGAACCCAAUGGAUGAUCUGGCCAGUUUUGAUCCCUUCGGUCGUGGGUCGACUGAGCCCGAUGUUGAUGUAGUGCCGGCCGCGCCCACCGACAUUUUUCCGAUCACAGCCCAGCAGCAAAGCGACAACCUGCUGGAUUUAUCUGCUGGCGCUCAGGGGGACGAUGGAUUGAAGACUGAAGAGAGGGGUCAGGUUGACGUUAAAAAUUCAGAGCCUGCUUAUGAUCUCGAUGCCCCUGACGUUUUGCCAGAUCUCCCCAGUCCGCCUCAGCCGGUCGACUCGUUUGUUUACGGAAGUGCCGAUGAGGGGAAAUCAUUUUCAGCUGUGCACGAUGCUGAUUCUACGUUCCAACAGCUAGAAGCGAAUCCAGCUCAACCGUCUAGCACUUCCUUGGGAUUUGAUUCGGCAGGAGCUGACAUCAGUUCUGCCAAUCCCGUGAUGAGCAGCCCUCUGAAUAGUCCACCCCCCGAGGAUGACCUAUUGGGUGCACCCAUCACCCCCACUGCCGACACCGAGCCCCGUGACCAGUCGGUCGGCGCGGGUGGCGCUGAGUCAGCCGACUUGCAUCACCAGCCGACCAGCACCACUCCCUCCCUGGAUGACACCCCGGCCGUGGGAGGGGACGCUCGCGAGCCCACGCCGCCGCCCACCUUCCCCCAGUCGGACAGCCCGAUCCCCGUUGAGCCGGCCGCCCGGUCUGAGGACAGCUCUGGCAGCCAGCCCAGCUGGGACCCGGUCCCGUCCGCCGCCCAGCCGGCCGCGCCCUUCAUCAAUCCUGACCCGUUCCAGGAGUUUGUGCCGCCGGCGGAGGGCCGGCCGCUGGGCGACCAGCCGCCGCCGCGCAUCCCGUCGCCGUCGUCGAUGGACGCCGAACCGCCGACGCCCGUAGACCGCUCGGCGAUCAGCUCCAUCAAGGAAGCCGAGCGCGCCCAGCCGCCGGUCGAUCCCGAGCGCGUGGUCGAAAAGCUGCCGCUGGAAGCCCUGCGCAACCGCGACGUGCAGGAAGCGCUGGCGUCGGUCAUCCCGCCGGCUCCAGACAAGCCGCUGCCGCCGACACCGAGCUCGCGGCCGCGGCCGACAGCCGGCUGCCUGGCCCACCUGCCCGGCCUGCUCGCCGACCUGCGGCGCAGGAUGGCGCGCGACCCGCGAGUGAUGGAGAUCCUGCUGUGGCGCGACCCGAAGAAGUCGGGCGCGGCGUUCGCCACGGGCCUGGUGCUGCUGUUCUCCAUGCUCUACUGCAGCUUCAUCUCGGUGGUGGCCUACUUCGGGCUGGCGCUGCUCACCGUCACACUCGGCUUCCGGCUCUACAAGACCGUGCUGGGCAUGGUGCAAAAGACCAACGACGGACACCCCUUCCAGGACCUGCUCUCGGUGGACACCACCGUCACGCCGGAGAAGGGCCACGAGCUGGCCGACAAGGCGGUGGCCGAGCUCAACUGCUGCACCAGCUCGCUGAAGGACCUGUUCCUCGUCAAGGACAUCUUCGAGUCGGUCAAGUUCGGCUUCGUGCUGUACCUGCUCACCUACCUGGGCGCCUGGUUCAACACCAUGACCCUCGUCAUCAUGGGAUACGUGGCGCUGUUCACGCUGCCCAAGGUGUACGAACAGAACAAGGAGAAGAUUGACGAAGUGUUUGGCCAGGUGAAGGACAAGGUCGCCGAGAUCUCAGCUAAGGUGAAGGCGGCCAUUCCUAUGGGCAAGAAGGCCGCCGAGCCGGUGGCAGAGGAAAAGAAGGAGGAGUGAUGCGCUGGCGCCGGCACAUCGCCGGCCGGCCGGCCGCGCUCCCGUCUGUGUGUGUGUGUGUGUGGCUGCGGGUGGGAGGGAGGGAGAGCGUGCACGUGUGGGUGGGUGUGCAUGUAAUACGUGUGUGUGUGUGUGUGUGCGGGUAGGAGAGGCGUGACCUGUUACACGGUGGGAGGGAGGGGAGGGGAGGGGCGGUGCAGUAGCCAGACUCGUACUGGUGUUUGUUUUUCCUUCUCUCGCUCUCUGUUUCUCUGUCUAUUUAAGCAGUCCCGUAUGCAAUCACGGCUGUACAUACCGACUCCGGUGUCUGUAAUCUCGAUGGAAUAUCGCGGCCCCGUUGGAUUGUUGGAGCCCCGCCGUCUCGCUAUAGCGGCGCCGGGCUGCGCCGCUCGCCGCAGCGGCCGCCGGGACACCCAGAGCAGCGACCCGCCCGGCGAGUGACCCGCCCGGCGACCCCGGCCGCCGAGCGAACCGACCCGACCGCGGCGCCCGGCCGCCGCAGCUAGCUUCGUGGCGCCAGUAUUGCUUCUGUCAUGCGCCAAUCUUCCGUUUAACGUGCUUUGAUACCAAUAAAAGACGAAAGGUGA